AUGCGAGUCAUUCCAAAGCCCGAGGAGCCGGACGAGUUCGGCGGCCCGGUCGGCGUCGCCGUCAUCAUAUUGCUGUCGCACUGCGUCGUGUACGGCCUCUACCUUUCGAUCGAGGCUUCUACAUCGCCGUUCAAGAGCUGCGACGAGACCUGGCUCUCCUACGCGUCGCGCGCGCGCCGCGGCCUCGCCGGAGCGGCGCCGACGGCGACGGGCUUUUGCCUCUACGCGGGCUUCCUCGCCGCCACGGCGCUCCUCUCCGCGUUCUGCCCCGGCGCGACCGUCCGCGGCCGGCCCCUGCCCUCGCUCAAGGGCCGCGCGCUGACUUACAACUGCAACGGGCCCGCGGUCUGGGUCGCGUUCCUUUCCGGACUCGCGGCGCUCCACCUCGCCGGCGUCCUCCGCCUCGCGGUGUGGAUGGACCACUUUGGGUCCGUGCUCACCUGGUCCGUGAUCUUCGGCGACGGCGUCGCGGUGCUCACGUACGGCUACUGCCGCUCGCGGAAUCUCGCGGAGCGCGACUCGGGCCGGCCGCUGUACGACGGCUUCAUGGGCGUCACGUUGAAUCCCCGGGUCGGGCCGCUCGACCUCAAGAUGUGGAGCGAGCUGCGCGUGCCGUGGAUCCUCUUGUUCGUGAUCACGCUCUCCGCGGCGUCGAAGCAAUACGAAACCGCGGGCCGGUGCUCGCCGCAGCUCGCCUUCAUGGUGCUCGCGCACUUCCUCUACGCGAACGCCUGCGCGAAGGGCGACCACUGCGUGCCGACGACGUGGGACAUCUUCCACGAGCACUGGGGGUGGAUGCUCAUCUUCUGGAACCUCUGCGGCGUGCCCCUGACCUACUGCGCGGCGUCGCGCUGGCUCCUCGCGCACGCCGUCGAAGGCCAGGCGCCCGCGUACACGGCCGCCGUCUACGCCUUGCUCCUCGCGGCGUACUACGUCUUCGACACGGCGAACGCGCAGAAGAACGAGUUCCGGCUGCGGCGCGCGGGCGUCGUCGUCGACCGGCGGGCCUGGCAUCUGCCCUGGGCCGUGCUCGACGACCCGCGAUUCCUGAAAACGGCCGGGGGCGGCGAGCUCCUCGUCGACGGCUGGUACGCGCGCGCGCGGAAGCCCCACUACGCGGCCGACGUCGCCCAGGCGCUGAGCUGGGGGCUCAUCUGCGGCUUCUCCGACGUGACGCCCCACUGGUACGCGCUCUUCUUCGUGCCCAUGAUCGUCCACCGCGCGUGGCGCGACGACGCGCGCUGCGCGGCCAAGUACGGCGCGGACUGGGACGCGUACAAGGCCCGCGUGCCCUACGUCCUCGUCCCCGGCGUCGUCUGA